AUGAACGAGAUUUUGCCGUUUCUAUAUCUGGGAGGCCUGACCGACGCCGAGAACGUUGCGGCGCUGGAGACGGCAGGCAUAUGCGCGAUCGUCACAUGCUGCACUUACCAAGAGUGUCCGAAAUAUGCAGAAAAACGUGAAUUCGAGUACUUUCGAGUUGACAUAGAAGACACCAGCCGGGAGCCGCUCCACCUCUACUUCCAAGAAGCCGGACAGUUCAUCGAUCGCCAUGUCUCUCGCCAACAGGCCGUCCUCGUCCACUGCAAGGCGGGCGUGUCUCGCUCGGCGUCGAUUGUCCUCUCCUACCUGAUGGGCUGCAAGAACUUCGCACUUCAGGAGGCCUUUUUCCACGUGUUGACGAAGCGCGGCUGCAUCUGCCCGAACAUCGGCUUCAUGGAGCAGCUCUGCGCCUACGAGCGAGAAGUCCGCGACAGCUGCUCAGUCUGCAUGUUCAAAUACACGGACUGGUAUACGGCGGAUUGCUCCUACCGCCCCGCGAUCCCCGAUUUGGAGCCCUGA